AUGGUUAGUUUAUUACAUUUUUGUGUUACGUUUGGUUGGUUAGUUGAUAAAUCAAAUUUCCCUCAACACUUUUUUUGAUGAAAACAAUAACAUUGCGAAAUUUUUGUUUUAUUAUAAUAAUAUUCGUUGCGUGAUAAUCUAAUUAUUUAUCGAUUUUAUUCGAUUUCGCGCCAUUUCUUAUUUCGUAUUCAUAUAAAACUGUGAAAAAUAAUGCAAAUAUAGAUAAAAAUGGAAAACUCUACAACUUCUACUAUUUCUUCUUUUACAAAAAAUGCUGUGAGUUUGAAAACAGUUUUCUUUGUUUUCUUUUCUAAUGCUUUGCUUGAUUGUAAUAAUUUAGUUUUUCAAAAAUUCAUUGAAAAGUGUGUAGUUGUUGUGUUGCAUGUGUUUUUCUCUAUUUAUAAAAAAAAUCAAUAAUUACCUGAAAUUUACUUCUAUUUUAUUUAGUUUGAAAUUCGAAAUCUCAAAGGAAAAUCUGAGAAAUAUCAAUUGUUUAUUUAUCCGUUUAUCAUUUCUCUUUUUCAAAAUCGAUUUCACUUUUUUCUUGUUUCGUAAGCUGAGCUAAUGAAAAACUAUUAUCUUUUCCGAAAUCUAAGCUUUUUGCGCAAUGAAAGUGAGAUAAAGCAGCUGAAAAAUGGCAAGGAAUUCAUUGAUUUUUCCAGGAGAAAAGAGAGAGAAAACUGUUUUCUCAAAAAAUCUUCUGAAAAUUGAUUUCCAGUUUAGAAAUGACUCAUAAUGUAAACUAAAAAAGAAAAUUUCUCUCAAAAUUUCUAAUAAGGCAUGUAAAUACAUUCUAGAAGGGGUUUUAAGUUGAAAAUGAUCAUGUUCAUACAUUAUUGCUAAAUAUCUAGAGGAGAUGCUGAAAAUUGAGCUGAAACUCAAAAAUUUUCAGCUCAAUUUGCGGCUUUUCUCCGAGGUAUUUAGGGAAAAUUAAGAAAAAAAUCCUCGAAAAUGGUAUUUUUAGCCUCAUUGAAAAUUUCAAGAGUAAGUUUUCUUGAAAAAUGACUCAUAAUAGGUUUAUUUGUUAUCUUUGGAAGAAAAUCCUUGAACUCUGAUUCUUUUGGAAAUUUUUUCUAAUUCGAUCAAAUAAUUCUUCGAAUUUGGUUUGAUUUUUUUCUCGUCAACCGAAAAACCCAUAAAAACCGUCACUUACGCUUCUCUCAAAUAUUCCUAUUCCUUAUCUAAUUUCUCCAAACCAAAAAAAUCAAAAUCAUUUUUUUAUGAUGACAAUCAGUAGUUUUCCCCAGAGAAAAUGCAACAUUUUUAGUUGAAUCAUCAAUUUUUUCCCAAUUUUUGACAACAACAAACAUUUAUCGAUUUUAUUUCGCACACAGACAAAAAAUAGAGAAAUUUUGAAAUGUCGAAAUUGUGGUGCUUGUUGAUUGUAAGUUUUCUUCCAGAAAUCAAAUAAAUUCGUUUUUUUUUUUGAAAUUUUUUUCGUGGAAAAAUCGAUUUUAGAUAUUUGCUUUUCUCAUUCAUGUCAACCAAAAAAAAUAAAUAUAUAAAUAAAAAAUAUAUUUUUCAAAAACUUUCAUAUCUACUUCUAAAAAUCUAAAAGGGUAUUGUGUUCAUUUUUCGACGCACUACUAAUCCCAUAGCAACCCAUUCUUUUCAUUAAUAAAUUCUUUUUCUCAAUUUUCGUCUGUGAAAAAAUAACUAGGAAGAAACGUAUUUAUUUAUAUUUUUUUUGUAUAAAAAAGUUUCGAAAUUUCUCUCACGCUUAUCCAAAUGACUCAUUUGAAAAGGAAAAUGAUUGUUGUGUUUUAACAAGUUCAAAUUAUUUUGAAUUCAAAUUUUCAUCUCGAAAAUCUCCUUUUGCAGACUUCAACAAUGCUUGUCGUCGAACGACAAGGUCUCGGCUUGAUUCCAUGGGCUGAUAUUGGACGAUGGUUGUAUACAGCAUUCGGCUUUUUCAUCUCAUUUUUCAUUAUUGGUGAGUUUUUGAGCUGUGAUCACUAAAGUUUCAAAAUCAAAUUAAAAUAUUUUGGUGAUUAGAAAUUAUGUAUAAAUUUGUGACGCAAACGGAUUCAUAAAAAUAAUUGAAAUUUUAUGCGAUUUUUAUGGCGUAGUUUUUUUUGUGGGGGGAAUUUUUUACGGAAGGGGUCGAAAAUUUAAAUUCAGCUAAAAACAUUAAGAAAUUAUUCGUUCAGAAAUUGAAAGAUUUUUGAAAAACUCUUGAAAUUCACAAUUUUGAACCUGGAAAAGAAAAUAAUCAUUGCAUUUUCAAAGUUUGGACCAGAAAUCUAAAUUUGCAUUUUUUCGGAGCUACUCCAAAUUUCCGAUUGUUUAUCAUGCUAACUUAAAAUGAGCAAUCAUUCAGACAGUCAUAAAAUCAAGGAUUUACAAUUAUGUUUCUGGAGUACAAUCUAGUCUAUUUGAAAAUUUGAAUUUUUCCGAUUAAUUCUCGAAAAGUUGAUUAAAAAUCCCAAGAACAAAUUUUUCAAUGAAUUUUAUAGUUUCAAUUAUAAAAAACUCCCGAUUUUUUGCAAAUUCCAAAUCCAACCCCUCAUUUUUUUGCAGUUGGUGGUUCAAUUCCAUACGUCUUCCAAUACGCCGAGAUCUUACAUCGUCGAAAUGCAUCUGGUUUCUCGUUAUUCGUUUGUCUUGCUCUUUGCGUCGCCAACAUUCUUCGUAUCCUUUUUUGGUUUGGAAAACGUUUCGACGAAACUCUUUUGGCUCAAAGUAUUCUUAUGCUCAUUUGUAUGGUAUUCAUGUAAGCUUUUCUUUUUAUUUGAGAAAAAAUAGAAAACAACAAUUUUAUAGGCUUGAAAUUUCGGUGCGAAUGAAUCGGAAGCACACCGCAAAACCACUCAGGAAAUCGCUUUUCAGUGAGUUUUUGUUAUUGUUUUUGUGGGAAAAUUGCAUGCUUUUGUGUGUGUUUGGAAACUAUGAAAUGCUCAGAAAAGUUCACAUUUUUGUGUAGUUUUUAGUAUAAGAAGUCGUGGGAAAAGACAAUUUUGUCUGUGGGAAAUUGUUCCUCGUCAUUUUCUAAGAACGUUGAAAAUGUAUGGGAAAACAUGGGUAAUUUGGAAACGUUUUUGAAGUUCUGGUGAUAGAAUAGGAAGUUCGAACUUGAAAAUUUAUAGCUUUUGGCUGACAAACGACAUUUUUUUGACUCCGGAAUUGUUUUAGCUCGGCCAACUGAAGCUUGGUCAUUUUCUGACUAA